AUGCGGACGGGUCUCCAGAACUUUGGACAAACAAUCAAAGAAGCAGAAUUUGCUAUCAUCAUCCUCACAUCGCUCCCAGAAUCAUGGGACAAUUGGGUAAAUGGGAUUGACCUAACAACCAUCAAGGAAUCCGAGGAAAUCAUUGCCCGAAUCAUCCAACAAUCAGGGCGAUCUCAUGCCCGACCGGACUCACUCACAGAGACAGCGCUUCCAGCAUUCGGGAGGCCAAAGACUGCAGCAGGCACCGGGGAAGGCUGUUUCCACUGUGGAUGA